AUGCCCACACCACACCUUCAAUACCCAACCGAGCACACCAAUCGUCCCCAGUCCUUUACUCCCAGUCCCCGCAGCGCUACCAACGGCUCCUGCCCGACGAGUCACGGGCUGAAGUUUGCGCGCGUUGGCCGCGCCGCGACGGACGGUGAAGGGGUGGAGAGGCACGAGACUGAAGGGACUGCGCGGGGGGAGCAGGACGGGGGGAGCGGGAGCGAAGGAAGGACGCGUUCAAAGCGCGCGUGGCGGAAAGGGGAGGGUGCGGGAAGCCACGUGGAAGGUCCUUCCUGUGGUGGUAAUACUGGCGGUGCCGGCACGCGAUGCGCGCACAAGCGGCAGAAGCGCGUGAAGCUCGCGAUCGUGUCCCAGCUCUUGCAAUCGCCGGCGAAAGCGGCGAAGGCGGACGAAUUAGAGGAGGAUAUCGCAGUCGCGAUGGAAUCGUGUGGUGGCGUGGUUGAUGUCGGGUCGAGCGCACCAGGGGUUAUCGAAUCAGGCUUGAUCAAACUCGAAACAGCAGACGAGAACUCUACUAUCGAGCCUGUUAGUCUUACCGCGGCGGAAGGAAGCGCGGAGGGAAGCGCGGAAGGAAGCGCGGAAGGAAGCGCGGAGGGAAGCGCGGAGGGAAGCGCGCAAGGAAGCGCGCAAGGAAGCGCGGAAGAAAGUGCGGAAGGAAGCGCUGAAGGAAGCGCGGAAGCAGCGUUGCCACAGGCGAUGGUGGCGGGAGCAGCGUAUGAAUCCGAGGGCCGCGCAAGUGCCGGGGAAGCAGAGGCGUGCGGGAAAGCGCGGGAGUGUGCGCGAGAAGACGCUCGGGGAGAGCCGCUCAGCGCCCCUGCGGAAAGUGCGCCGAAGGAAGGUGACGAAGCCGCGGCUGGGGGGACUUGCGCGGGGGGUGUGCGCGCAGAGGAGGCGGGGAAGGAGCGGGGGCAGGCGGAAGAUGCAGCGGAAGGCGGUGAGGAGGCGGAGGGUAACGGGGAGUCUCCGCAAUCGUGCGCGGAAGGGAUGGCGGGAGAUGAGGGGGUGAUUGGCGCACACGCGCACGAAGGCGACAGGGGUGAUCUCGGAGGUGUGGCGGAAGGGAAAGUAAUGGAGGAGGGGGGAAUGGUGGCGGAGGGGGUAUUGGCGGAAGAAGGGGGAGUGGUGGUGGAGUGGGAAUUGGGGGAAAAAGGGGGGUUGGCGGAGGCGGGGGAAGUGGUGGCGGAGGGGAUUGAGGACGGUGACCAGGAGCGCGCGCAAGGAGUAGCAGUGAGAGCGAAAGCGGAUGAGGGGGUGGGGGACGCGGAGAAAGGGGAGCGGAAACGAGCAGACGUUGGCGGAAGCCCAGGCGGGGAAGGAGGGGGAUUUGGGAGAUAUUGCGGGAGGAAGGGGGAAGCGUAUGGGGCCGUUCCCGCGGAUGUGGCGGGGAAUGGAGAGGGCGCAGCGCAAGAGCAGGGGAGUGCAGAUGAGGUUCGCGAGAAUGGGGAGGAAGAGAGGAGGGGGGGUGUGCGCGUGCAAGGGGGAGAAGAAGCAGAGGCCAUGGACGGUAAGGGGGUGUUGGGUGCGGUGGAGAGGCGUACGGGGGAGCGAAGUGAAGGUGGAUACGUGGGAAUGGGAAAGGGUCGAGCUGAAGAGGAAGAGGGAGGAAUGAUGGGGGAAAGGGGAGGUGUGGGGGAAAUUGGGAGCGGGUGUGAGCAUGCGAGGAAGUCAGAGGACGAUGAGUCAAGUGGGUGUGAGUCUAGCGGCGACGGGAGCGAAACCAAGGGUGGGGUGAGUGGUAAGAGGAGGGACGGUGGUUUUGAAGGGGUGGGUGGUAAGGGGAGGGACAGUGGCUGUGAGGGAGUGAGUGAGAGUAGGAGCGAGGGUGAGACAGCUUGCUCGGGGUUUGGUGGCGACAAGGGGAGUGAGGGGAAGGUGGUGGUGGUUUCUCAGGGGCCUUUGAGUGCAGAGGCUUGUGGUGAAGGGGCUUCUGAGGAAGGGGCUUCUGGGGAAGGUGUAUCUGGCACUGCUGGUACUGAUGAAGGUAUUCCAGGUUCAGCCUCGUUUGGAGAUUCUGAUUCGGACGAAUCUUUCUUUAGUGCUCCUGAGGCACCUGAAACGUUGGAAGCACUUGAAGUGUUGGAAGCACCUGAAGUGUUGGAAGCACCUGAACUGCUGGGAGCACCUGAAUUGCUGAAAGCACCUGAAGUGCUGACAGCACCUGAAGUGCUACGAGCACCUGAAUUGCUGAAAGCGCCUGAAUUGCUGAAAGCACCUGAAGUGCUAGGAGCACCUGAUGUGCAGAAAGCACCACCGACAGGCUUCCUGACCAAAACUCCUGAAACAACAGAGCAGAAGGAAGUGCCUGGAGCACCAGAUAAUGGCAAUGCGGGGAAAGCCAAAAUGAGGGAAGCAGAGGCGGGGGAAGAAAAGGCGUGGGAAGCAGUAGCAGGGGAAGCUGAGGUGGGGGGAGCCGAGGUGGGGGGAGCCGAGGUGGGGGGAGCCGAGGUGGGGGGAGCAAAGGUAGGGGAAGCGGAAGUGGAUGAAGGGGAAGCAAAGACGGGGGAAGCAAAGGGGGGGGAAGUAGAUAAGGGGGAAGCAGAGGCGGCGGAAGUAGAGGAGGGGAAAGAAGAGGUGGGGGAAGUAGAGAUGGGGGAAUUAGAGAUGGGGGAAGUAGAUAUGGGGGAAGUAGAGGCGGCGGAAGAAGCGGGGGAAGCAGAGGGGGAUGACGCAAAGGCGGGGGGAAUAGAGAUGGGGGAAGUAGAGGCGGCCGAGGAAGGGGCGGAUGAAACACAUGUGGGUGGGUUAAUAGCGGGGAAAGCAGAGGCGGAAGAAGCAGAAACAGGGGUAGCAAAGGCGAGGGAAACAGAGGAGGGGGAAGCGGAGACAGAGAAAGCAGAGGUGGGGGGAACAGAGGCGGGGGAAAUAGAGGAGGGGGAAUUGGAGGUGGGGGAAGCAGAUGUGGGGGAAGUAGAGGCGGCGGAGGACGAGGAUGGGGAAGCAGAGGCGGGGGAAGCAGAGGUGGAAAGAGCAGAGGCGGGGAAAGCAGAAACGGGGGAAGUAGAAAAAAUGGGAACAGAGGAGGGGAAAGAAAACAUGGGGGAAGCAAAAAUGGGGGAAGAAGAGGCGGAGGAAACAGAGGAGGGGGAGAUAAAGUUGGGAGAAGAAGAGGCGGAGGAAGCAGAAACGGGGGAAGCAGACGUGGCGGAAACAGUGGUGGGGGGAGCGGAAACGGGGGAAGCAGAGGCGGGGGAAGCGGAGGCAGAAGAAACAGAGGAGGGAGAAGUAAAGGAGGAGGAAGCAGAGGCGGAGGAAUCAGAAACAGGGGAAUCAAAGGAGGGGGGAGCAGAGGUGGAGGAAAAAGUCGAGAUCGAAGCAGAGGAAGGGGAAGCAGAGGAAGGGGAAGCAGAGGAGGAAAUAGAGGGGGUGGAGGCAGAGGUGGGGGAAGCAGAGGAGGGGGAAGCAGAGUUGGGGGAAGCAGAGGUGGGGGAAGCAGAGGUGGGAGAAGCAGAGGUGGGGGAAGCAGAGGUGGGGGAAGCAGAGGUGGGGGAAGCAGAGGUGGGGGAAGCAGAGGUGGGGAAAGCAGAGGUGGGGAAAUCUGAGGCGGAGUGGGUGGAGGUAGCAGUGCAACAGAUGGAUGUCACACAUGCUACAUGGCUCAAAGGCACAUGGCUCAGGAGUAUUCCCUAUGGCAUGGACGCACAUGGUUACGGUAUAUGUGGUGGCGGUAGGUGCUGCAGGUUCCAUAGUGCUCCUGAUCCUGCUCCCACUCUUGAGCUCAUUCCCACUCCCGAAGCUGUUGCUGCUCCUGAAACGGUUGCUGCUCCCGAACGUGUUGCUGCUCCCGAACCUGUUGCCAUACCUGAGCUCAUUGCCACUCCUGAACCUGUUGCUGCUCCCGAACCUGAUGCUACAUCUGAAGCUGUGACUGUUUCUGGAAAUGCCGCUCUUUGUGACGCUGCUCCUAUUCCCGAACCUGUCACAAUACCCCAAGCUUUGUUGCUUUUGGAAGCUCCAACUCCUCCUGAGAAUGCUGUUACUCUUGAAGCUGUUACAAUCCCUGAAGCUGUUCAGAUUCCUGAAGCUGUUACAAUCCCUGAAGCUGUUACGAUUCCUGAAGCUGUUGCUAUUCUGGAAGCUGUUACAAUUUCUGAAGAUGCUACAGUUUCUGAAGUCGACGCUGCAGAUGCAAACACCCGAGGCAAAUGCCGUGGUGGUGACAUUGAACCAAGCAGUGAUGCCAUGCAGGUAAGUGUUGGUGCUGGUGGUGCUGGUGGUGCUGCUGAUGGUUCUGCUGAUGCUGCUGAUGGUGGUGCUGAUGCUGCUGAUGGUACUGUUGAUGGUGCUGAUGGUGCUGCUGAUGGUGCUGGUGCUGCUGGUGCUGACGCUGCUGCUGAUGGUUCUGUUGAUGCUGCUUCGGGUGGUGCUGAUGCUGCUGAUGGUGCUGCUGAUGAUGCUGUUGCUGAUGGUGCUGAUGAUCCGACCCUGUCUCCACCAAAGCUGGGGCCGCGAGAACCUGACAGCAUUCCGCUCACUAUGGCUCGCAGUGGGAGCGCUUCUAGCUCCGAAAGUGCAGAUUCCCGUCAGCAGCGACAGCCACAGCUACUCCGGUUGCAGGGUCAUGAUAAGAAGUGGCAGGAAUGGCGUGACUGGCUGAUGACUCCUUGGGUUGCUGGAAUGAAGACUUGGCAAUUGCUGCUUCUGGCCCUGCUACCCUUCCUGCCAGCGAUUACCAUCGCCCUGGCGGUAUCUCUUCCUAUCCUCUUUAUCGGAGUGGCAGCAGUGGCUGUCACGGGGUUCGCCAUGACCCCCAUGCUGGUGCUUGCAGCUGUUCUCUUCCUCGCCUUCUUCCCCGCUCAGCGCCGGUGGCUGCUGCAGCUGGUGCAGCGCGUGGCGGCCUCUCUGCAUCUGCUUAGGCCGCUUCCUCACGGGCAGCACCAGCAGGUGCAGCCGUCGCAGCACGUGAAGCAGACGGAGAAGCCGCGCGGCGAGGGAUGGAGUCUCCCAGCUGAGCAGCAGCCUGUGCGCUCGCCUACUGUGGAACCUGUUUCUUUGGAUUCAGUUUCGCUGCACGAGGCUGGAAAGCCAGUUGAAAACGGUUCUACCGACCGCGCCGUGGUGACAAGCAGCCCUCGUCUUCAAAACGGUCAUGCCGUCGGAACCAGCGUUCCCAGUCUGGCGGUAUCAUAUCACCCCACAGUUCUUCCUGCAGAGAAGGCGGCGGGGAUGGGCGGCGCGGGGGCAAAGGUGGGUGAGGGAAUGCGAGUGACUGGCAAAACUGCAUCAUUAGCUGACCGAAACGGUUCGCCCAAGACAUCUGUUCGUGUAGCACUUAGCCCGAGCAGGGGUAAGGCAGAGAUUGGUGGUAAAGGUCCAAGUGAGGGAGGAUCUCCUGCCAAAUCGAAGGAGGGUAAUAGGGAGGUGGGCAAUGCGGGCAAGCAUUUGGCGUCGGUGGAGCAGUCUGUGACAGGAAACGCUGCAGAAAGGACGCUGCAACAGGGGACACCAGAGAGUGGCAAUGGGAAUGUAAUUGCCGCGAAGAAAUCAGGGCCCACAAAGGGCCAACCAAAGUCUCAAGGGAAGAGCAAAGGGAAGAACAAGAGAGGCUGA